CCCAGGAAAGAUCUGUGACGACCCCCUUCAGAUAGAGGUCCAGACCACAUCUGGAAUGUCUGUGGCUUCAACAGGAGACGUCAUUUCUGUAUCCGACACAAUAACGGGGUUUGUCUGCAAAAACUCAGACCAACCAAGCUGCAAAAAGUGUGAGGAUUAUCGGGUUCGCUUCCUGUGUCCCUACGACUUCUUCAUUCAGUCACAAUGCUGGACAGACUGGUUUGAUCGAGAUGAUCCCGCCGGAGACUCUGGAGACUGGGAGACCCUCAAAGAUCUGCGCAAAGAAAAUCCAGGCGGUGUGUGUGACAUCCCCCUUCAGAUCGAGGUCCGGACCACAGCUGGGCUCAGCGUAGCUUCAACAGGGAAUGUGAUUUCUGUAUCUGAUACAACUACAGGAUUCAUCUGUAAAAACUCAGACCAGGAAACGGGCAUGUGUUAUGAUUACCGUGUUCGAUUCCUGUGUCCACCAGACUUCUGCCGUCCCAAAGCUCCAGGAUGCUACACAGACUGGUUUGACCUGGAUGACCCCUCAGGGUUCGGAGACUCGGAGACCCUCGCUGCUCUUCGUGAUGAAUACCCAGAGAGGAUCUGCAAAGAACCACAGCAAAUCCAUGUCCUCACUAUAUCUGGGUUAACUAUGGAUGAAACAGAGAAUCAUAUACAUGUAGCCGACGCAACCACAGGAUUCAUCUGUAAAAAUGAUGAACAAACCCAUGGCACGUGCCAGGACUUUCGCGUUCGCUUCCGCUGUCCCACAGACUUCUGCACUCAAAAAGUGUGUUGGACCGAGUGGUUUGACCGCGAUGACCCCACUGCGUCAGGGGACUGGGAACUACUAAGUGACCUGAGGAAAAAGUUCCCAGAGGACAUCUGUGAAAAGCCUCUGGGCAUUGAGGUUGUUACUGUUGACACAAAUAUUCCCGUCGCCUCCACUGGCCAGGCCACGUACAUCUACAGUCCAACUGUUGGGUUUGUCUGCCGAAACCAAGACCAGUCCUGUCACCAGUGCUUUGACUACAAAGUGCGUUUUGGAUGCCCCUGCCCGUGUGACGACUGA